UCCAGCAUCACCAUCUCCUCCUCCCUGACCUCCUCGCUCACAACAACAACAACAACAACAACAACAACAACAAGACAUGAGUGGGUCUGGCAAGGGGCUGCUGGGGCUGUGGCUGUACAGGACUGGCGAGGAGUGGCUUCUGAAGGACCCGCUGAAGGUCUCCAAGGAAGGCAGUGGGGAGCGGUCAUCACCAGAGCGGGCGAGGGACAGUGGUGGGGAGGGGAGUGGGGACAGCGGCGGGGCUGAGUUGUACCACCCCUCUCACAACUCGGUGGUGUUGAACCUCAAAAACCAAGUGGGCGGGCUGGCCAAGGCGCUCAAGGUGUUCCAGGACAACAAUGUUAACGUGGUGCACAUCGAGAGCCGCAAAUCACGCAGGAGGAACUCAGAGUUUGAGAUCAUGGUGGAUAUUGAAUGUGACAACUCAAGGAUGGACAACCUGACUCGCCUCCUCCAGCGCCAAAUGUCCUGUCUCAGCCUCCACGACUACGACCAGGGCGAGGCGUUCCCAGAGGAGACGCCAGGAACCAUCAGCGCCCAGGAGAGCUUUGACUUUUCAGAUUUGUGUCCCUGGUUCCCGCGAAAAAUCAGUGACCUUGACAAUUUUCAGAAGGUUCUUAUGUACGGCUCUGAUCUUGACGCCGACCAUCCUGGCUUCAAAGAUCCAGUGUACAGAAAAAGAAGACAAGUUUUUUACGACUUGGCAAUGAAAUACAAAUAUGGAGAGGAGAUCCCGCGGGUGGAGUACACGAAGGAGGAGGUGAAAACGUGGGGCACAAUUUUCCGUGAGCUGUUCCGCAUGUACCCAAAACACGCUUGCCAGGAGUACAACAACAACUGGCCUGACCUUGUGAAGUACUGCGGAUACAGAGAGGACAACAUUCCCCAGCUGGCAGACAUUGACAAGUACCUGAGGCGUACCACAGGGUUUAUGCUUCGCCCCGUCGCUGGUUACCUCUCCCCCCGUGACUUCCUGGCGGGGCUUGCUUUUCGAGUCUUUCACUGCACUCAAUACAUCCGCCACUCCUCCGAUCCUUUCUACACACCCGAGCCAGACUGUUGCCACGAGCUGCUGGGACACAUGCCCAUGCUCGCCUGUCCCUCCUUCGCCCAGUUUUCCCAGGAGAUCGGCCUCGCUUCCCUGGGCUCCAACGAGGAGGACCUUAUGAAGAUUGCCACGCUGUACUUCUUCACCGUGGAGUUUGGAAUGUGCAAAGAGAAAGGCAAUCUGAAGGUGUACGGUGCUGGGCUGCUGUCGAGUAUCGGUGAGCUGAGCCAUGCCGUGUCGCCCUCAGCCAAGACAGAACCCUUUGAUCCUGACACGGUGUCCAAAGUGCCCUGCCUCGUCACCACAUUCCAGGAGCAAUACUUCUACACGGACACCUUUGAGGAGGCCAAGGAGAAGCUCAGAUCUUACGUGUCCAAGAUCCAGCGUCCGUUUGGCGUGCGCUACAACCCGUACACUCAGAGCGUGGAGAUACUGAGCAACGUGGAGAAGAUCGCAGCCCUCGUGUCGGAGCUGCGCGGGGACCUUUGCAUCGUGAGGAACGCCCUGGAGAAGAUACACGACAACGAUGACAACGUGGAUAUUGACAACAUAACCAGCAUUCUCACUUCGGCACUCAAAACCAGCGACUCCAAGAUGUAAGCUAACUCUCACUCUCUCACUCUCUCACUUUCUCUCUCUCUCUCUCACUCUCUCUCUUUCUCUCUCUGGCUGCACAAAUCGUCGAGAAUCACCAAUUAACCUAUAUAUUGUCACCUCUACUGCAUAAUAUAAUAGAGAGUUAAUAAUAGUGUUAGUAAUUAGUCGCUCUAACACCUGUAAUUCGUGUUAGUGAGUCAACACACCUGUAAUCACACACCUGUCUCUUAACACCUGUCUUGCAGUGUUGCGGCAGGUUUGUCUUGGUUUUGUAUAUACCUGGUGAGUUGUGAUGUGUUGUGUUGUGUUGUGUGUUUGUGUUGUGGUGUUUGUGUGGUGAAGGAUGAAGAAGAGGUGAUAUAGGAGGAGGAGGAGGAAGAGGAGGUAAGGAAGAUGGAGGAGGAAGAUGUAUAUGCUUAGUGAGAUGAGUUGAAAUUUGUGUGUGUGUGUGUGUGUGUGUGUGUGUGUGUGUGUGUGUGUGUGUGUGUGACCUCGACAAGUGCUCUCUAUGUCAGGUCACGAUAAGAGGCUGUUGACCUGACCUCGACAAUACUUCGAUCUUUUAUUUUUUUACGCUUGGCUUAACUUAACUCUGCCUGACCUAACCUAACCUAACCUAACCUUCACCUAACCUAACCUAACCUUCACCUAACCUAACCUAACCUAACCUAACCUUUCAUUCCCUAACCUUCCCUUACCUUUCCUUUCCUUAACCUUCAUCUAAGCUAACCUAACCGAAGCUUCAAUACAAGAGAUGGAAUAAGCAAUGAAAGAAGCUUGUUUUUCUUUUAUUUUGUUUUCUUUCAAUAUUCAUCGUCGUGGAUCGAACUCAGAGUGAUGCAGAAAAAUAAUUAAUAGGUUUAUUCAAUUUUUCUCGUUAUAUUUCCUUUUUUUUAGACUUUAUAAAGGGAGUGAAGAAUAUGUUGCUUUAUUUAUAUUUUUCUUUAGUUAGUCUUGAAAUCUUGUGAUGGAAUAUUCGUUUUCUUUGACUGAGGAUGAAAAGGAGGAGGAGUAAUAAGGAAGGAGGAGAAGGAAGGUCAAGGAAGGAAGGAAGGUCAAGAAGAAGAAGAGGAGGAAAAAAGAGAAGAGAAGCAGUGAGAGGAAGAAGAUAAGAUGGAAGACCAGAGAGAGAGAGAGAGAGAGUAUGUAUGUAUGUAUGUCUUAAAUCUAUAUACGUAAUUAUUAUAUUUACUACAUAUGUGCAUUUACUGAUACAUACAUUCAUCUCUCUCUCUCUCUCUCUCUCUCUCUCUCUGCGAUUAUUCAUUAUUUUC